UUGGGAUCAGCGCCUUUUCAAGUAAAACAGCCAGCCUGUCGAUCAAAUUCUUAAAUCAACCUCCAGCGUGCGUUCAACUAACUUACAGCGUAACUGCCCACAACUGCAUUCUUUGGUUUCUUCGUGAGGGGCGAACUCUGGGCUCUGGAGUCCAGUCCAGUCCCAUCAGGGUGGCAUUGUUCCUGGCCACUUUUGCUCCGACACCUAAUCAUAAUGGCUCACGCUACUUCUUCUUAGCUGUUUGUUGACAAUGACACCCAGGUCCACUCAAUCCACGAAGAAAUUGCUUCUGGGCCUGGAAAAAUCAGUCCUUGGGCUGUCACUGGCUGAUAACCAUCCAAGGAACUUGGAAGGCUCAUAGCGGCUCCAAUUCUCCCCAUGGUCCAAGGAAGCUAGAGUCAAGUUGAGAAAAUUGAGGGGAGUUUCUGAGCCUCAAUAAUGACUUUUAUUUGGCCUUUUGAAGGCACCACUCCACUGUCGACCUUCCUGUGCUCCGCCCUCUAUGAAAAUGCUGGCUAAGCCCAUCUAGGAUGCUGGAGCUUCUUCAAUUGCCAGCAGGGAAUUCAUUAUAGAUUAUUACCCUCAUGAAGGAAGUGAACAUGGCCAGAAAAACGAAAACCGGCUCUUCCAAGCACUCAAAUCUACUCUCUGAUGCCCUCCCAAGGGUGAAUGAAGGGUUAGUCUCAGACCUGAAGCCGCGAACUUUCAUAGGAUAGAGGCGAUUCGGGUUCAUUAUUUUGACAGGGCUCUCCGAAUGUCAUUUGAGAGACGUAUCUGAUAAAAAUGGACUCGCUGGCAAUUUGGCAACGAGGCUAGGGCAAAUGCAGCUAGUUAGGUCUAAUGUGACGGCCGAGUUAACUAUGCCUGCCUAGUCAUGGAUAGUUAGAAGUAACCGACCGCGAGAAACCAACCAACUCGCUUCCGCAAAAAAGUCCGACAUCACGACUACAAUAAUCCAUCUGUCUUGGGAAUCUAGGAUAUCCAUUUCAUUAUUGGUUAAGCGUGACGUCUUUGGGGCCAACCGCUCUGUUCUCAUUCGACCGAAAUAUUUUAUCCCUCCAACGUUUGUGGGGCUGGGAUCAAUCCACCUUGAGCCUCCCUCCCUCCCUCACCUUCGCAACUUCGGUUAGCCAUGGUGGAAUGCCGAGGGAGCAGAGCCGCUGAAUGCCUGUGUCGAUGCGCUGAACCAUUUGUCUUUGAGCCUUUGCGUUCCGGAGAUAUGGUCGUUUGUUACUUCGAAUAUGCUCCAUAAUUGUGUUGCCGCGAUGGGCCUUGUAUGAUACGCGGAAGAAGGGGUCCACUGUAGCCCUUCUUCACCUUGAAAGCAUGUAUAUCCACUUCAUGUGAGAUACCCUCCACUGAUGUCCCAUCCAUAGCGACCUAUGUUUUCCUGAGUAGUAUAUUUUUGCGAGCCAUGGACUGCCCCUGUCACCGUCCUGUCGCAAAAUGGCCCUUUGCAAUUUAUAUUUGGACGGGCCGCCAGUGGUGAACCAAUCCUAUCUGGCCAAAUGAUAUGUUCCUGCAUUCUUCGUGGGGUAUGUGGCCGGAGGGUCGGUACUACUCCUAUCUCAGAGGAAGUGUCCCUCGUCCGCUUGCAUGGUAACGCCACUGGAAAUUACCCAUGUUCUCCUCCGAGAGGGUUUCUGCCUAGGGAUCCUUCUUAUAAACCAACAUGGACACCCAGUGUCCUGCUCGGUUUUGUUCAUUCCUUUCGCAACCCCUUUGUGCGUUGCUGUAUAGCCUUUAGCAAACGUUUUUGUUUGCGUCCUCUCUUUAAUCGUUGUUCUACGGCCACGUUCUUUUACGAAGGCUUUGCCGUCUUACGCUCCUUGGUUCCCUCAAGACCAUAUAAUUAAUUCAUAAACGCCAUCUAUUGGACGAAAUGGCGUUCAAAUCCUUUUUGACGGCCGGAAUGGCCGUGUCCUCUCUUUUGGCUUCGUCCACUUCCGCUUUUGACUUAAACUCCAAGACAAACCUUGCGGUGUACUAUGGUCAAGGUCCCUACCAACAGCGCUUGGCGCAUUUCUGUCAGCAAACUUCGAUGGACAUCAUCCCGAUAGGAUUCGUCCAUAUCUUCCCGGAACAAGGCAAAGGUGGUUACCCAGGCUCGAAUUUCGGGAACCAGUGCUCAUCAGAGGUGUAUUUGAACGAGGAUGGUGUCCCAACGGAACUUCUUAAAGACUGCCGCCAGAUUGCAGAGGACAUUCCUAUUUGCCAAGCUGCCGGAAAAAAGAUCCUGCUUUCACUGGGUGGUGCGACCUCUAGGUAUGAACUCAAUACCCUGCGAUCCGCUCUUGAUUUUUCCGAUUUCCUCUGGGGUGCUUUCGGUCCCAAGACGGCUGCAUGGGGUAAUAAACCUCGUCCGUUUGGCGAUGUUGUUGUUGAUGGGUUUGAUUUCGACAUAGAGCAUAAUGGCGAUUAUGGCUAUGCUACAAUGGUUGAUCGGCUACGAUAUCGCUUCAAGGAGGACUCGAAAAGGAAAUAUUACAUUUCCGCUGCACCGCAAUGUCCCCCCGAUGACAAACAGCUGGCAGUGCCAAUUAUGAAAUCGUACUUCGAUUUCAUCUUUGUUCAGUUUUAUAACACCUACUAUUGCUCCGCGAGAAGCUGGGUCUCGAAUCCUAGAACUUCUGCCUUCUCCUUCGAUGACUGGGUGAAAGUCAUUAAGCGCAGCCCCAACCCUUCUGCAAGAAUCUAUCUUGGCUUGUUAGCUAGCGUAACUGCUACUACUGCUAGUGACAUAUAUUAUCUCACACCGGAGGAGGUGAAGCCUCUUGCAAAAACAUUUAUGGAUAAGUAUCCGAAAAACUUUGGUGGCAUAAUGCUUUGGGAGGCAACACACUCUGAAAACAACCAAAUCAAUGGUAAGAGCUACGCGGAUCACAUGAAGAGGGUCUUAUACGAGCUCUCUCCCCCUCCUCCAACAACAUCGUCCACCAAAACCAGCACCUCGACUUCGUCUUACCCUGCCAGCUCCUCCGAAAUCCCUUAUCCUAGCACCACAGAGACCCCUUAUCCUAGCACUACGGAGACCCCGUCUCCUACCGAGACCGGGACGGCUUAUCCCAGCACCACGGAGACCACUUCUCCUCCUGAAACCGAGACGGUCUUCCCCACUGUCGAUCCGACUGAUACUGAGACCAUUUACCCAACUGUCGACCCUACCGGCACUGAGACUGUGUAUCCUACUGAAACUGUGUAUCCUACCGAGACUGUCUAUCCCACUGUCGACCCUACCGGCACUGAGACUCUGUAUCCUACUGUUGAUCCUACCAGCACUGAGACCAUUUACCCAACUGUCGACCCUACCGGCACUGAGACUGUGUAUCCUACUGAAACUGUGUAUCCUACCGAGACUGUCUAUCCUAGUGAGACUGUUUAUCCUACCAUUGAUCCUACCGGCACUGAGACUUUGUAUCCUACUGAGACUGUCUAUCCCACUGUCGACCCUACCGGCACUGAAACUGUGUAUCCUACUGAGACUCUCUAUCCCACCGUUGACCCUACCGGCACUGAGACUGUCUAUCCCACUGUCGACCCUACCGGCACUGGGACUCUCUAUCCAACUGUCGACCCUACGGGCACUGAGACUGUCUAUCCAACUGUCGACCCUACGGGCACUGAGACUGUCUAUCCUACUGUCGACCCUACGGGCACUGAGACUAUCGACCCUACUGUCCACCCGACUGACACUGAGAGUGACUGCCCUGAAACACCCUACCCGACUGAGACCGUGUAUCCAACUCUCACCGAGACAGUCUCCCCUACCGCCUAUCCCACUGACGUCUACCCUACUGAUACAGAGACGGCCUACCCUUCCGACACUGAGUCUGUAUAUCCUACACACACCUCAAUCACCAUCUCAAAAUACCCCUCAGAUCCAGCACCUACGACAAUCACCACAGUAAUCACUACCACCUACACCACGGUUUGCCCGACGGGAUAUACCACAAUCACAGCCACAUACACUACAACGUACUGUCCAGGAACAGGGUGUGGCUCAACCUCGUCCAGUGUUGGGCCAACUGCACCACCGCCAGUUUCCCCCGGCUACCCUGCCGAAACCCCUCCGGCUGGCGGGUACCCUUCAACUUUCUCAACCGAACAUUGUGGCGGAGACGGAUGUCCGUCUCAGACUCCACCCGCUCCUUCAGGUCCAGCAGCCAGCUACCCAGGCGCCUCUGGAUCAGGAGUCCACCCGACAAGCCCGUCACCGCCAGACUACAUAGGAAGUGCUCCGGCAACAUCCUUGAGCGGAAAGUGGCUCCUGACCUUAGCCGUUGGUGUCUGUGCUUUCUUCUUCAGCAUGUAAUUAUUUGUCCUUCGGACUUUUACUUCGUUUCUCUUUUCUUAAGUGUUGGUUUGCAUGUCAGAAAGCUCUGACUCUGCAACGAGCAUUGAAGAUAGUUUUACAUUUAUAUACACCUUUUUUGGACAUGAUGAUGAACUUUGUGUAAUUUUUCUCACUAGAUUCGCCUGACAUAAUUUAACUGAAACUUUUCCAUUUGUGUUGAUAGUACGCUGCAAACGUCUGGCUAUUAUCAAAUUCCUUAAAGCUCACUCACUAUCGUAUCCCUUGCGAGUACAGUGAUGCAUCCACCUGGCUGACUCGACUACGGUGGCCCUAAUUUUCAUACGACCUUUAUCCUGUAAAGAACAAGAUAAAAUCGCACACGAACUAUACCACGAAUUUUAGCGAAGGUGGCAUGAGAAAUCAAACAUUUGAAAUAAGUAUCUUUGAAAAUACUAGUGAGGUAAUAUACCAUAGAAGAAUAAAAAGACAAGUGGAGAGGGUAUAUAUGAGCGGAGAUGACAAGCUCAACGGGCAUUCUCUUUUUUAUCCCCUAUCUACCUUUGCAUCCUUUGCUCAACCUCCCACUUCUCAAAAAUGGAAUCUGAACACCAACAACAUCCCUACUCUCUUCUUCAAGGAUGAAAACAACCUUAUCCACCCCCUGUCCACCGUACGUCAACAAGUCCGCCAGCUGCCAUGAAUCGCAGGUAUCCACCAGCGCGCCUUGGGCAGGAAGAUCUGACAUCCUCUUGUUAUCUUGGGGCACCGUACCGUACCCAUAGCUCGCGCUGCUCUCCAUCAUUAUUGUUAUUCCAUCAUCUUGUUUUGCUUUAUCCAUUUGUGGCCUGCUUUCUUUCCCGUUCUGGCCUGGCUUCCUAUGACUCUGUCACAGUUCUCAAUAUCAAUAUUUGUCAUUUGUAGUAACUGCCUUGUGCAGGUAAUGUACAUUCACGUACAUGUACAUCCAAUUUCUUGCAUAAUUGUAGAAGUAGGAACAUUCUCCUCUAAGCACACCAUCUCAUUGUAUAAGCUUAACCUUCUGUUGAUCAUUUCAAGGUGGGAAGUCGGCAUAUUACCAAAGAGAGGUGGGGAGAGAGAUGACUGUUUUCUUUCCUACUGGAGCCCCUGCUCCUUGCGAAUACCAUCAAAUCUUCCUUAAAAACCCAAGCGACGAAAGUUCUGUACAUAUCCGCAACUUACUGGCUGUUUCCAGACCUGAUCUGUACAUGUACAUGCAAAUAGUAGUUUCUAAGUUUCGAGACGCUUAGUGUUUCAACAUACCCAUCUCUUCAGGAUCGAUCUCCUUUCUUCCAGCUCAUUGCAACAGGCACAUUUGGUAUGGCUAGGGGGGUUACCGCGUUGAUCAUGCGCGCACCACGGACAGCCUGUGGGAGACAGGCCUAUUUGAGCUGGACUGGAUUGCGCCAUCCUAUAUUCUUUGCAGAGAUGAUCCCCGGCUAGCUGGCAAGAUGGGUACUGAAAGAAUAGCCUACAAGCUUUGUUAGCCGGGAGACCUUGGAGGGGUGAAAGGGAACUGAGGAAGGUAGCUGAUAGACAUGUGGCGGGUUCAGUCUCAGCCUGGUGAUUGGGACGGGUUGUUGAGCUUGGAGGGGAACGAUAGACGUUAAGAGUUGGGUUUUCCCCCUACAUGCAUGUUUAUCAAUCAGGCGGGAAAAUUGGGAAAAGAAGUGAAAACUUUUCCUCUCUGGGAAUAUAGCAUGUGGAAGGGCAGAUAAUUAUUCAAUCUUGUGAAUCUUCUUUAUUUCUUAAUUAGGGAUAUCUAAAUUAUAUGUUAUAACAUUGAGCCCCAUGUAAUAGAGGACAACAAAC